GAUAGAAGAUAGUUCCACAGAAGAUUAGUUGUGAUUAAUCUGCCACUUUCCAUGAGCCAGACAUUUACUUCUGCACAUCAUCGAGUCUGAAUAGAAAUAGACAGUGUGCUAGAUAGCUUCUGUGCCUUUGUCAGACACUCGUCGAUUGAACCAUGCUGACGUCGGUAUUGGCAGCUCUCAGCAACUUCAGCACGUCAUCCAGCAAGAAGCUGCAGUCAAAGAAGAUCGGAGGAGUCACACGAUUGCCAUUAUCUGACAGCGAUGGAGACUCGUCCCGGCCCAAAUCCAUAGACAGUUCAGCCUGUAUGCGUCCUCUCCUGGUCAAAGUCUCUCUCGGUGCCUCAAUUAUCUUGCCUUGCCACCGAUACAAAAAGCCUCCCUACUAUGAUCGGAAGAGUCAGAGCAGUGUAUCUGUAAUUUCUCUCAAAGAUCAUGAAUGUCUCGAUCUCUCAACAUGAUCUUGCCUAAUAUACGUCCCAGUAGAUGAGAGCAAUGUGAAUUUCACCAACAUUCACCAUAUCAUUCACGCAGAAGGAUAGUUUGAAAAUGGUUGUUUCAUAAAGUAGCUAAUUACAUUAAAGAAUGCUCAGAUAGCCCGUCCCGGGCUAAG